CCUAGUAAGGUAGCCAGAGUCAUAGUGCCGUAGCCAAGUUGGGUUAGACGACGACAGAGGGCGUCACGGUGCAGAAGGUGUUGCCGGCAGUGUAGGAUGCAGUGGAGAAUAUCACCCACCACGCCACAGCUAGUGCAGAGGGGAGUGCUAUAGAUUGACCCACUUUGAACAGUUGCAGCGGUGUGCGGGCGACGUUUAGACGGAGACGGCGAUUUCCUCGUGACGAGUGCAGCGACACGUAAUGAAGAAGUCCACUGCGGGGUCGAUUGAUUGCAGGAUGCAUACCUGGACACGAGCCGCAUUCUUUGCUGGUGUUGUUUUGCUCAUCGUCGGAACACAUGGUCAAGCUGUGAAUGCUGCAGCUCCUCCUCUAUGCCCGCAGUUUUCCCCACCAGCGGGAGACUGUCCAGAGGACUCGGUGAUACAUCAGUGUGAUCCGUCACAAUGCAAGGCUCAACGUGGAACAUGUUGUCCAAUGCCUUGUCAAGGCGUCGUAUGCCUUGAGACAUUCACGCCGCCCGGCUUGUCCAAAGCUCACAAGACCUGCUGAAUGAAAAUAUUGCCAGAAUGUUCCCUCUGCAUACCAAUGUCUUAUUGUACGAUGCUUAUUUUGCGUAAAGCGUUUUUCUAUGGGUUA